AUGGAGAGGUAUGAGAUAAUAAGGGAAGUUGGUCGUGGAGCAUUCGGAACUGUCUGGCGAGCAAAAAAUAAGCAGACUGGUGAAACUGUUGCAGUUAAAAUACUGAAGAAAAUAUACGAUUCAUGGGAGGAGUGCCUGGGUCUGCGAGAAGUUAAGUCAUUGCAGAAAAUGAAUCAUCCAAACAUUGUGAAGCUCAAGGAACUGAUCCAUGAAAAUGAUAUUCUGUUCUUUGUGUUUGAGUACAUGGAGUUCAACCUGUUCCAACUUAUGAAAGACAAGGUUAAGCCUUUCCCUGAAUCUCAAGUGAGGAGCUGGUGUUUAGAAGUUUUUCAAGGUCUUGCUUAUAUGCACCAGCGCGGAUAUUUUCAUCGCGACCUAAAGCCGGAGAACUUGUUGGUGACCAAAGACUUCAAAAUCAAGAUUGCGGAUCUUGGUCUUGCUCGGGAAAUCGAUUCAAAACCACCCUAUACGGAAUAUGUGUCAACGCGCUGGUACCGAGCUCCUGAACUGUUGCUCCAGUCAGGUUUGUAUGGCUCUAAAGUGGAUAUGUGGGCAAUUGGUGCAAUCAUGGCCGAGUUGCUUAGUCUCCGCCCUCUGUUUCCCGGAAUUAGCGAAGCAGAUGAGAUGUACAAAAUUUGCAGUGUACUUGGGACUCCAACCGAGGAUUCAUGGGCCGAUGGGCUUUGUCUUGCAAGAAACAUCAACUACCAGUUUCCACAGUUUUCUGGUGUUCAUCUCUCUUCACUAAUUCCAUCAGCAAGUGAAGAUGCUAUUAGCCUCAUUAGUUCACUUUGUUCUUGGGACCCUUCCAAAAGACCAACAGCUGAAGAGGCCCUUCGCCAUCCUUUCUUCCAGAGCUGUUACUAUGUUCCUCCACAUCUUCGUUGUCACAAAACAACUACUGCUGGAUUAACAAGGGGAGCUUCAGAGCAGGAAAAAUAUCAGCCCCCUGGAAAGAGAGUCAAUCCUACUCUUACCUCAGUGAACAAGGUAAGGAACGUUACACGCGGUACUGUGGGGAACCCGCUGCAUAGGCAGCCCCCCAUGAAAGCUGGAGUUAAAUGGGCUGGCGAGCCGAGAGAAUCGACCUUCACAUUGUCAAAAACUAAAAGCAUAAGUAGUUUCUAA